AUGAGUAAUGAACAUAUCCUGUCCAUGUGGCUCAUCAAACACCCUGCCUGCGACCAUCUGGACUACUCUCCCGAAUUCGAAAAUAUCUCGUUUGAGGAAUCAAGGCAGAGGUUGAAGCCCAUUAAAGAAGGUAGUCCGCGACAGACACCGAAAGACGCUUUCCGCGGCGUCCGCCAACAACAAAGUGGUCACCAGAGUACGACAUCCUCCCAUCCUUCUUCGAGUCACGGCAUACCUAGGGCAGCUCGGGAGUCAGUCGACCGCUUGGUCGAUGUUUUCGAAAAGAAGGAGAGGCUCAGCAGAACACCCACAGCACGACUAGACCGUCGUUCCACCAACCCAUCGCCCUCUUUGCAACAAAGAUAUUUCACAGCUCUUCAAUCACAGAGGCAGCCCUUGUCUGACUAUCGACUCGAACAAGCCUACACUUCACAGCCUCUUCAAGAGGAAGCGCUUCGAAGAGUUGAGAAAGUACUGAGUAACCGAUUGUCCAGCACCUCUGUAGCACCUUCUGAGAGUACACAACCGAGUAUCCCACCCCCAGGCAGAUGGUCGGAUCAGGAAAAGCCAAAAGUCAGAGUCAGAGCAUCCUCCAAUUCUAUCUCGAUCAUCAUCCCUGAGGGCUUUGAACUACCUCUUGUGGCAACAAUAAGCUCGGCUGGCUCGUUCGAGACACAAGUAUCCAGUAUAGAGAACGAUAAAGAGAGCGAGGUAAGUACCAUCUCAGGUGAAACAUCAGGGCCUCCAUUACGAUCACGUAGAGCCACAAAUCCUAGACAGAGCACGACUUCAAGUCGAGACAGCGAAAGUCAAGAUAUAGCAGCCGGCCUUGCGUUGCCUUUUCUCGCGAGAAUUAGUGAAGGCCGACUCAACGUCUCUGAAGCUUCGUUACCAGCACCUCAGCAUUCAGAUAUUUCAGCCCAAGGUCAGGUAUUUGCACCUUCUCAUCAAGUCGCUGACGAGGCCACUGCUUCUCAAGACCGUGACCGCGAGGACGACCACGACCACGACCACGACCACGACGACAAUCAUAAAUCUACUUCGCCACCUCUUGGUAAUCCUGAAGACGGUGAAGCUACUGGAAGGACGAGUGUGCCGAGAGGCAUCGUUGAUCAAACCGAUUCUACAGCUUCCGUCGCGGUCGCGGCUGAGCCCAUCGGGUCAGACAGAAGCAGGAAUGAAAGCCCACGAGAGGUUAUCAUAGGUCCUACGAAUAUUGUGUCGAUUCCUGAGUCAAGGUCUGACCCUGCCGUCAACCAUUUGUCGGGUGCUCUGCCCAUAGAACGGCCCUUCGACACAUUUGACUUGCCUCAAAUCCGAGUUCACAGACCGAGUGGAACGAUCAUAACCGCCAUGGAGAGCCCAGGUGUCCCUCCAACUCCGGCUCCAUCAGCUGUUGACCAGACCCCAGGAGCACCACACGGCCCGCUAGACGCUUUUCCUUUCACCAAUGCUGCAGCUCCACAGCCAGCUGGGUUUCCAAACAUAGCGGCGGUCACGGACGCACUUCCUCUCAAUGCGGCGGCCAAUGCCCUCCCAGCGAUUGGGCCUACAGGUAUAUCUGCUCUCUAUGGAAAAACUCGCAGACGUAGAAAGGUGGUCCAGAAAGUCCGUAAAACAGUUGUCAGGAAGAAGCUGCUCUCCCUCAUCAUCGGCCGGGAGCUAGCCAACCUCGUAUAUCCUGUAUUGAAUGAGGCAACAACCGGGCUCCCGACUGGGCUCCCGACUGGGCUCCCGACUGGGCUGCCGACUGGGCUGUUGUCAAUGGAUGGUGCGAACGACUUUCCUGACUCAUACUCAAGACCGAAAAGGAGACAGCGUUCGGACCGAUUAAGCAGGGCAGUUGCCGUGGCUAUCGUGGAGGCCGAAGAGGAAAACCGUAAAUUUUGCUCCAGAUGCAGGGGUCUGGUCAGCACGCAACUCCACCAGAGACUUUAUCGAUUGGAACUCCUACGAGACCGGCCCAGAAUGAGGUUCAGCAAAAGAUUUGCAAUUGCACUGGCGAAGGCAGAGCCCAUGGAGUGUCGAUGCCACAAGAUGAAGGUGCCAAAGAACAACUUCAGCAAUCUAGGUUAUGGCCUCUCGCCACUACCAUCAUGA